GUGCCGGUGACGUUUGUGGACAUCGCCGUCUACUUCUCGGCGGAGGAGUGGAAGAAUUUGGAGGAGUGGCAGAAGGAGCUGUACAACAACCUGGUGAAGGAGAACUACGAGUCCUUGCUCUCCCUGG